AUGGCUCCUCGACGCGGUGGCGGUGGUGGCUAUUACAGCAGCUCGAGCAUAUCAUGCAGUAGCACCGCCUUUUCGGACGAACAGUCCAGAGUCAACAUUGCCUUUGCUGCACUGUGGUUUGUCGUUGCUGUGGUACUCUUCUUCGUUGCCACAAAGCGCUUUGGUCUGAGCAAGAAACAAGGCAGUCCUGUCGUUGGCAGCGUCUUCCUGAGCUUCUCCAUCUUCUUCGCCUUUGGGGCUCAACUCAUCUAUAUCAUCGUCACAACGCUGGCCGAAUGCGGCACCGGGGGCUACUACAGUUACGUGGCCAUCAUCAUCUUCGACUGGAUAGAUAAUGCCUCAGUGUUCAUCCUGACUGCCUUUAUCCUGACAACGGUCUGCCGCAAACUUCAGAGCGAAUUUUCCCGCGUCCAGCCGGCUAUCCUCACGCUCCAGGCCGUGUGGGCUGCCCUGUUGGGAGUUCUCCUCGUCGCGGUGCUAUCCAUCAGCACGGCCAUGUACCACUACUCGUAUUCGGACGACAGCGACUAUUCCAAGAUCUAUGAUCUCAAGAUUCCGUUGCGAGGUGUCCAGACAACAUACUAUGCUCUCGCCGUCGCCGGCCUUCUCGUUGCGUCAGCGUCCAUGCUGAAGGCGCUCUUCAGCGCCCCGGCAUAUCUCCGCAAAGGAACUAUCUCAAAAUGGGUCCCCGUCCUUGCCCUCUCUGCACUCGGCUACUCCGCAGCCUUUCUCGGGACUUACAUCCAAUCCGCGUACUUCUUUUCAAGAAUAUCCUCGACCGCGAGCGAAAAGAGCUAUAUCCACGGCCAGCAGGCUGGUGGCUUCUUAGCCCGGUUCUUCUACUUUGUCGCGUUCUAUGCGGUCCUCCAGGUUGCCAGCUACCGCUCUCAGGCUGGAGCUGCUAACGCGCGCCCUACCAGUAUGAAUCCGACAGCGGUGCCGCCUCCCCAGGGGCAGCCGACUUAUAACCUGAACCAUGGAUAUGACUCGCGUUUGAGCUAUGGGGCGAAUGGGUACCAGCAGAGUCAGAGUACUCAGUACGGGGGAUACCAGCCGAAUCAGCAGUAUAACGAUACCCACCCGGUGAGGUACUGA